AGUUCAUAAAAAUCCAUUUAUUAGUGGGUCAAAAAGUGACUUUCGUACACGCACAUUUAAAGUAUAACGGUACGCUGAUCGUCGAUGAGAAAAGAUGGUGCUAGUGAUCCUAUUGGCAGUUCUUCUUGCAGUGGUAGCGGGGUUGGUUUUGUACUUCAAAAACGCAUGGUCUUAUUGGCAGAAGAGGGGCGUCAAGGUUCCGCCUGUGACCUUUCCUUAUGGCCACGCCAAAAGUUACAUGACCCAGAAGAAAUCUCUGCACGUGAUGUAUGCGGAUUUCUACAACGAGCAUAAGAUGAAGAAGUUGAAAUAUGGCGGUUUUUACUUCUCGACGUUGCCAGUCUUGGUCAUAACCGACAAUGACUUAAUCAGGCGAGUGUUGGUGAAGGAUUUCGCGUCUUUCACCGACCGGCCGAUGUAUGUCAACGAAGAGGCCGACCCCUUAAGUGGGAUGACCUUCAAUUUGAAAGGCCAAAAAUGGAGGAACGUCAGGGUGAAGGUAUCGGAGGCAUACACUUCGGAUAACAUGAGGAUGAUGUUUGAGACUUUUGAAAAUCACACGAAAAAGUUAGGCGAGCUUAUGGCACAAUGCAUCAGAGACAAACGGCCGGUUGAUGUUAAGGACACCUUCGCCAGAUUCGCCAUGGAUACCAUAGGCACGGCUGGCUUUGGGGUGGAAUGCAACGGCUUAAGUCAGCAGGAUUCCGAAUUUAGAAAGCACGCCAUGAACGCCUUUCGAAGAGAUUUGUUCGGAGUACUGAAGGAUGCACUAAUGAGGAUCUGCCCUGGUCUGAUGUUUCGUCUCAACGCUAGGUUUAUACCCAAAGACGUGGGCGACUUCUUUGUAAAACUCGUGGGGGACGUUGCGACUUACAGGGAGGCCAAUAACGUCACGAACAAGGACCUUAUUCAGCUGCUGAUCGAGUUGAGAAACCGAGGGAGGAACGUACCAGGCGAAAGCGAGAUGACAAUCAACGAAAUGGCCGCCCAGUGCUUUGGGUUCUUCAGCGCCGGAUUCGAUACGGCUACGACCGCCAUGACCUUCUGCUUCUUUGAGCUGAGCAGAAAUCCGCACGCGCAGGAAACGCUUCGGGCCGAAAUUCGCGAGGUGCUGAAGAAGAACGACUCGAAGAUUACCUACAACGCCAUCAUGCAGAUGCCUUAUCUCGAUCAAUGCGUUUCAGAGGCGCUAAGAAUGUACCCACCCGGCGGGUUACUCGUAAGACAGUGCACGCAAACCUACAGACUGCCGGGUACAAAUCUAACGGUGGAAAAGGGCACCCAAAUACGAAUACCCCUUCUUGGAGUCCACUACGAUCCCGAAUACUACCCCGAGCCCUACAAGUUCGACCCGGAAAGAUUCUCGCCCGAAAAUAAAGCGGCUCGUCCCUCUUGCGCUUGGAUGCCGUUCGGCGAGGGACCGAGAAAUUGUCUAGGGAUGCGAUUUGGAUUAAUGCAGGUGAAGGUGGCCGUGGUAGCCAUGUUGAACCAGUUUCGAUUUACGCUCAACGAGAGAACGAAGCUACCGAUCACGUUUGAUCCAAAAAGCCUUUCUUUGAAAAGCGAGCACGAUAUAUUUUUAAACGUUGAAAAGUGUUAGCAGGACGUUUUCGUUAAUUUACGGGGAAAAAUAACAAUGAAUUAAAUGUAGUAUGUACUGA